AUGGUGGCCUCCUUGACCGAGCCGCAGUGGUACUACUCGCGCGACGAGCUCGCGCUGCCGCCAUCAGUUCGCGCGGGCAUGCCCCUCUCGCGCGAGCGGGCACUGCGCCAGGAGGCCGUGCGCCAGCUGUGGAACAUGCGCGACAAGAGCAAAGACAAGGGCACCUUCGGCCAGGCCGUCGUCACGGCAGCAGCGACCUUUGUGCACCGCUUCUACAUGCGUGAGACCUUCCAGGACUGGGACCACAAGGCCACCGCCGCCGCCGCCAUCUUCCUCGCGAGCAAAGCCGAGGAGGAGCCCCGAUCGCUCAAAACGCUCCUCUCGUGGGUCCUCGACCCCAACGAGCUCGCCGACCCUCACCGCGCAAACGACGUGCGCCAGAAGGUCCUCGCGCACGAGGAGGCCAUGCUGCGCGUCCUGUGCUUCGACUUGACGGUCCGACACCCACACUGGAUCGCCGUGUCGGUCGCGAGAAAGGCCUGGGUCGGCGAGGGCGAGCAGGAGGUGGGCGACAAGGUGGCCAAAGUCGCGUGGAUGAUUCUCAACGACUCGCUGUCCGCCCCGCUGUGCCUCCUGUACACGCCGCCCGUCCUCGCCGCAGCCGCCGUCGUCCUCGCGUGUGCCCAGCUCGACGUCGCCCUCCCCGGCCCGCCGCCGCCGCUCAGCGAGCAAAAGGCGCUCCACGAGUUCAAGGUGCAGGAGGCCGAGGAGGGAGAGGAGAUGCCCCCGUUCGAGCCGCAGGUCUACUGGCUCGAACUCGUCGGCGUGGAGCCGGAUCAGCUGCCAGAGCCCGUCAAAGACCUCGCCGACGUGUACAAGCUCGCCGCAGACGAGUUUGUCGUCGAGGAAGGCGCACGACAGCUCGCGGCCAAGGCACAAUCGGUCGUCGAUGCACUCGCUUUCACCGCGAUGGCAGGGUCGUCGACGGUCGAGCGCGUUCCUCCCUCGCCCUCGUCCACCUCGCCCGGGUUCACCUCGCCCUCGUUCAGUGACCUCGGCACGCGGCUCGCCUAGAUCCUCUCAGCUGUAGUUCCUCCCCCUUGUUGUCAUCAUUAGUCGUCUCUCA